AUGGAUGAGGAUAUAAUGCUAGAGUUAUUAGCAGAAUACUCUGGAAAUUGGAAGGAUAGGUAGUAUUUUGAGCAUAUUGUGCGUGAAAUUUAAAAGAAGCAACAUCUAUCUUAAUUGAUUUAAGAGCAUAACCAUGAUCCAAGAGAUUAGUUAAUGCUUGAAGCUUCAAAGCGAAAAACUGUUUUGGAGAUUGAAAAGAAAUAUCAAUAGUCAGUAAUAAAUAGCACGUAUGUAUUUCCCAGAAAGAAAAAUAUAGGUAAAGCGGGAGAUGGCUCUUCUGUAAUCGCAGUAGAAGAUGCUACACCUAACGAUGAUUCAUAUAACAACUCUUUAGAUGUUGAUUUUUACAACUUAAAAGCUUAAAAUACAAAGAAAAAGAGACAAAUAAUCAAAGUACCUUAAAGCCAAGAAUAGAAUGGCAAAGGGGCAGUUUUGUCUAUGCAGAGUUUAAAAGCAAAUGUAAAUAAUUCUCAACAAUCAAAUGAGAGCAAUUCGUUAUCUCCGAUUUCUCGUGUGUAGUAGUAGUAAAAUAACUAGGCACAGACUUCAUUUUCUCAAAGCAAGAACAUUAAUUUGACUAAUUCUAAUUAAUAUUAAAAUAAAGGUGAAGGAUUGAAAUAAAAUAUUUAAAAUGGACAAGCAAAUAAUAACGAAAACUUUUUACGUAAUAUCCAAAAAGAAGAUUAAGAUGAAAAGAUUAACAAGGUUUAAAAGAUAGCACUCAACUAAAGUUAAGAGAAAUUUUUAUAAAAUGGUAACUAAAAUCAAAAUGCAAAUUAACUUGCAAAUAGCGUGAAUUCUCUACCUUUAAAUAACAAUAACAACCAGCUUUAGUAAAAGAAUGUAGGUAUUAUUAGUCCUAACAAAUAGACCACUAAAAUAGGUAUCAACGAAGCAUUUUCUCCUUCAUAAAUAAUUAACAAGUAAAACUAAUUAUAAUCAAACACAAAUACUGGAAAUAAAAGUAAUGCAAAUAAUGUUUAGCAACAGUAAUAUCAAAAAACGUUCUUAUAGAACUAAAUCAUCAAGUAGCAAUAGCAAGCAAUUUUAAGAAAUAGCUAGGAAGAUAAUCAGGCUGUCAUUAAAUAAAAAAAUGAUAGAAAUAGCUAGCAUGCGUAGAGAGAUAAAGAAUCAUAUUAAGGAGAAUCUGGAGCUGGAACAAGAUUAAACACCUGCACAAAUGAUACUGAAAAAGACCCAGAAAUUAUAAGCAAGAUUUAAAAGCAAGUAAAGAGUUAAAGUAACUCACCAAUAAGCAAAGUUAAUGGCCAAGUUCAAAGCUUGAAUGGAAAUUAUUACUUAUCUCCUUAGUAGCAACAGCUGGCUCAACAAAAUCAAAAUUAAUAGCAGAAUCAAAACUCACAAGGACUUUAAAUAAAAAGUAACCCAGCGACAUAACAGAUUUCAGUAAAAAGCUAGAAUAAUUUUCAAUAUAAUUCAAAGAAUUAAAAUCUAAGUUCUAUAGGAAAUGGUAAAGAGCUACUAUCUCAAAACUAGAAGUUAAAUAGCAAUUAAAUUAGUUAAAAAGAUUUAAAUAAGCAUAGCAAUUUAAUAGAUUCCAUUCUCAAUCGCUAGUAAUAACAGUAUUCAGCAGUGAAUAACCUAAUGAAUAAUCAUCAGAUACUAAAUACAUAAGAAAGCGCCAAUGGAAACGAAGACUCUUCUCUAUCACUAAAUUAAUUUACUUAAUAAAGUGCAAAGUCUUAGAACCAAUAUAUCCAAGGAGAUAAUGAUUAACAAUAAAUUUUAAAAUAAAUCCACAAUCAAAAUUUAAACUAAAAUAAUAUUUAUAACUCAAAAAAGCUAUAUCAACUCAAUACAAAUGUACCGAGUAAUAAUAUAUUGUAAUAGUAGCAGCAGUAACAGUUACAGUAAUUGUAGAAUUAGUAAAAUGUAAUUCACAACAAAUAGAGGAAAUUAGUUUAGUAAAAUGGGAUUCAAUAGAAUGUUAAUCAGAACAGUGGUCAUCUACCUUCUUCUUUGCAACAAUAGCACUUAAAUCAAAAUGCUAGUUAGUAAAACUAAUCUCCAUUCACUUCUUACAGUUAGCAAAAUAUAGUAGUCUAAAAUAACUCUCAAAUUCAGUACUUGCCAUCAAAUGAACAAAUAUCGAGCAAUUCAAAUUUAGAUCAAGGUAGAACCAAUAUGAUCCACUUAAGCUAAAAUUAAAACAACUAAGCUCAGUAUAACACUAAUGGUCAAGUUGCUUAUCUAAAUGAUAAUGUGGUUAGUUCUUAGAAUGGCACAGAUAAUUAAUAAAUUCACACAUAUAAUUAAUACAAUGAAGAAAACAGCUUGGCUAUUGAUUCCUAGCGUAAAAAUUCUGUUAGAAGUAAAAGAAGUGGUGGGCCAAAUGGAAUCUAAGAUGAUUAAGAUCAAAAACAUCUUAUUUAAAAUUCUUAAUAAAACUUGCAAUUCUCUCAAACUCAUUCUUCAUAGUACAAAAAUAAAUGGAUAGACUUCAAAAAAAUUAAUUAAUAAUAUAAAGGCUCUGAGAGAGUUAAUGGAGGUGCUAUAAACUAAACUUAAUUAGAAGACCAUAAUAGUGCAGCAGCGAAUUACAGAAAUACAUUUAGCUCAGUAAGUCCGAACGGUCAUCAAAGUACUUAAAAUAACUCUAAAAAAGGUUAGAGUACAAUAAAUAAUUAUUUAUCUCUUUCAUCAGCAAUUAACAAUAUUGGAAAUUCUCCCUCAAUACAAUAAAAUUCAACCAUAAAAAAUAAAUAAGGAAUGGUUUCUUCUAUGACAUAGUCAAACCAUUUCCUUAAUUAAGCAAUAAAUAAUUCUAAUAUAGGUUAACCUAGCCUAUAAAAAGUUCCUUCAUCUCAUUUGCACUAAAAUUAACAUUCCAAUUUGGCGAGUUCCCACCUUAAUAUGCAAUAGAAUCUAUAAACUCAAAAUUCUUAAGAACUUGCAGCUUAUCAGAUAAAAAGUGGUAAGCUUGGAUUAACUGAAAAUUAAAGCAUAGAUAAAAACUAUCACACAUAAUUUAUAAAUAAUGCCAAAUAGUUUCACUAGCAACAGCAGUUUUUACUCCAACAAAACCAAGCCAUAGAAGAAAAUAACCAAAAUCAAGCUCUUAAUUAAAAAAAUGCUUAGAGAAAACAAAUAAACAAAGUUAAUUCAUGUAAGAGCUUUGAAAUAAGAGAUAAAUUUAAUAAGACUGCAACUAAGAACAACCCUAAUAAUAUAAUAAUCAAUUUAUCUAAUGUAAAUGGAAGUAACAAUAAUAACUAUCAUAAUUUAUAUGCUUAAAAUUUGAAUCACACAACAGGUAACCACAAUAUGUCAGCUCUUAAUAAUAAUAAUAAUAAUAACAAUAAUAACAAUAGUAAUAUAAAUAGUAGCACAAUUAAUUAAAACUCUGCUUAAAACAACUUACUUUAAUCCCAACUUUUUUCUUAACAAAACAACAACAACACUUAGCAGAAUAAGCAAAAUUUAUUGAGUUCAUCUCAAAAUAUUAUAUCUUAUUUACCUACUUCAUAGAGCAAAAAUACAUAUUCUGCUGCUCUAUAUCAAAAAUCAUAAAAUAACAUUCUAAGCAAACAAGCUAAAAAUCCUACUGAAAACACGAUGAGCAAUCUUUUCAAUAACAUACAUAGCAAUAGUUCAAAUAAUAUGCUAUCAAACAGUGGAAUAGUAGCUAUUUCAGGAUAAAAUGGAGUUAACUCAUCUGUAAAUAUCCCAAGGAAUACAUCCUAGAAUGCUAAUGGCUCAACAUCACAAAGUAUUAAUAAUUUAAAUUUAAAUAGUUAUUUAACUAAUCACAAUUAAAACUCUAACACUAAAUUAGCUAAAAAAAUAGACAUGUAUAAAGUAUUUAAUUCUACCAAUUCCAACAGUUUCAGCAACUAAAAAGAAUAGCAAGCCUCAGUAAAAUAAGCCAAAAACCUUGGAUUAGUAUUGCAAAAAAUAAUUAAAAAUAAAACUCUAAAAAUAAAUGAAAAGAGUAAUUAACUAAAUUAAUAAAUUUAAUUGGCCAGUAACCAAAUUCAAAGCAACCUUGCAUAGACCACAAAUAUCAACAAUAACUACAAUAAUCAGACAGCAAAAAAAUAAUCUACUCCUGGUAAAAAGAAGAUGUCGACUUCUGGAAACUCGCAACAAAAUAACUUUAACAACUCUAACAUUAAAUCUCCUUAAUUUUCUUCUUAAUUAAAGAAAAACUACAUCUGA